AUGCUCGGUCUUACAACACUCGCCCUUGCUGGUGCUGGCAUAGUCAGUGCCAGGCGACUUCCUCAUGUGGUUCCUCGCCAAUUUGACAAUGAUACCGCCCUGUCCUCAUCCCUCCCCUCGUACCAGGCGUACAUCAAUGCCACUCGCAAUGACAACUCGCCGGUCACUCUGCACAUUGAUACACUCGACAAGAGCAGGCGUAAUGCUACAUCUCCCUACCUCUAUGGUAUCAUGCACGAGGAUAUCAAUCAUUCGGGAGAUGGAGGUAUCUAUGGCGAGAUGAUUGCCAACCGUGCCUUCCAAGGAUCCAAUGCCAUAAUCGGUACCCUUGACGGCUACGUCGGCACCUACGUGACCGACUCCGAGAACGAGGUGGUCCCCUUUGACCCUGUCAUGACAGCUUGGGCACCGAUCGGACAGGGAGUCCGCAUGACUCUCGAUAUCCUUCAUCCUCUCUCGGAUGCUCUGGAGACCUCGCUACAGAUCGACUUCCCCUUGAAUGCCACUGGAGAAGUUGGUUUCCAAAACUUUGGAUGGUGGGGUUUUGAUGUUCAUCCUCAACAGUACAACGCCUCGCUGUUCUAUCUGAACAACUACCCUCGCAAUACUCAAGGUAAUGCGAGUGACAUCACGGUAUCACUCCGCUCGAAUGUUACCGGCGAGACAUGGGCCAGCUCUACUUUCAAGAAUGUUACCCCCACCUAUAUUGACUUCAAGCAACUCGAAACUACUCUCCACCCCAACGCUACUGCUCCCGAUGCCAACAACACUUUCGCCGUUACUUUCGAUGGUGCGCAAGUUGCUGGACAGACCCUGUACUUCAACUUAAUCUCCGUCUUUCCCGAGACAUUCAAGGGCUAUAAGAAUGGUCUUCGUCCUGACAUUGCUCAAGGCUUCUACGAUCUCAACCCUCAAUUCUUACGUUUCCCAGGUGGUAACAACUUGGAGGGCUACAGUCCGGCUCAGAGAUGGAAGUGGUGGGAGACUCUUGGUCCAUUGCAAGACCGUCCUGGCCGCGUUGGAGACUGGAACUACUACAACACUCAAGGCCUCGGCUUGCUCGAAUAUCUCGAGUGGACAGAAGCUAUGGAUAUUGAGCCUGUUCUUGCCGUCUAUGCUGGUUUCUCUCUCGACGUUUAUGGUCAGAACGGCGCUUCCUACCCUCCUGAACAGAUGCCCGAGAUCUUACAAGAAGCUCUGGACGAGCUCGAGUAUUGCAUGGGUGACAAUUCAACCAAGUGGGGAGCUAAGCGUAUCGCUGAUGGACACCCUGAGCCUUUCCAGAUCAACUUUGUUGAAAUUGGUAACGAGGACUGGUUCAGCGUCACUUAUCCUUAUCGUUUCCAAAUCAUGUACGACGGCUUGAAGGCUGCUUACCCUCACAUCACCUACAUCAGCACUGCUUUCAACGAGAAUGCCGCCAACUACAAUAUCUCGAUUCCUGCUGGAAAUAUGUGGGAUUGGCAUGGAUACCAGGAGCCCAGUUGGUUCCUGGCCAACUUCGACCUGUGGGACAACUGGCAGCAGGAAACCAACAACACCAAUGUUACCGUUCUACUGGGCGAAUACUCCGUCAUCCAGAUCGAUACACCUUCGGGCAUUGUCAACUACUCUUACCCUCUCGAUGUUCAUGUCCAAUACCCGCGACUCCUCUCCGCUAUCGCUGAGGGUGUUUACGCACUUGGAGCUGAGCGCAACCCCCACACUGUCAAGAUGUCCUCAUACGCACCAUCACUCCAGAACCGCAACUUCACAAACUGGACUCCCGACAUGAUCUCGUACGACGCUCUGCACGACAAUACCGUACUGAGUGCCAGUUAUUGGCAACAAUGGCUGUUUGCUCACUACCGCGGUACCGAGACACUCCCCGUUGACGCCACUGAGGGAAAACUGAACCCCUUGUUCUGGGCUGCUAGUAUCGACGAGGAGAAUAAUGCUGUCUACCUCAAGGUCAUCAACACUUUGAACUCUACCGUGCCUUUGAACGUCAAUAUCCCAAGUGCCUACACCAGCGUCAACGGUACUUCAAUCACUGCUAGUGAUCUCAACUCUUACAAUUAUGUUGGAAACAAGACUGAGGUUGUGCCUCGUCCUGCUGAGCUUGGGUCAGCUGCUAAGAACGGAUCUGCUUGGUCUUGGAAUGUUCCUAAGCACAGUAUCACUGUUCUGCAGUUUGAUUUGUGCUAG